UGAAAAAUAGUCAGUCAUUCAGUCAGCCAGAUGUUGGUUUGCAAAAGCCCCCCACGGGAAGCAGAACCUAAAAAGUAAACAAAUAUCAAGUGCUUCGUUGAUGGUUUACCAGUAAUGGUACACCCAUACCUCUGGUCUUGGGCUACCUCACUUCGGAUUCUCCUGCUGUUGCGUGCGUCUCAUUAAAAAGUGAAAAACCUUGGUAGCUUGCGUUUCGUUCUCCCUCAAAAAGACCACGACAGUUUAUUAAACACAUUUAUUGACUUUCUCACCAUUUUGACGAUUAGAUAAAAACCAAAGUUUAAUAAGCUGUGGACACCAACAAUUUUCUUCAAAAGCAAACGCAAUAUUCAACUGAUAACAAAUAAUUCUAGUCAAUAAUAUUGUAAAACAGAAAAACUACUACGAAAACAAAGAUACAAAUGCUUUUUUGUACAUUGUAUUUCACUCUUAUUCAGUAUUCAGUCAGAGUUCUCAUGGAAACUGUCGUAGCUAGCUAUUAAAUGCAAUAGUGCUUAGUUGAAACCGUGUGCCUGUUGUAGAGCAAAGAUCAAAAGAGGAACGAACCAUCACAUUGGAGAAUAAAUGCAUUUAACGCUGUUUGGAUAGAUUUAAUAAAAAAAACAAUAUUUACAACACAUCUGUUUAGAUAAACAGCUGUACACACACACACACACACGCACACACCUUCAAAAUGCUAACAGAUUUUGCGGGAAAUUUAGCUCAUCCAUUGGAGUUUGGUCAUGCAUUGGAAAUAGUAGGAAAAACUAUCGAUGGGGCUUCAAAAUUUAAUUUAUCACUAAUGACAUGUAAGUCAAUAAUUAACCCCAAAGCUGAUAUUGGCUUUCGAAUGUCCGUAUAUUUUCGUGAGAAUAUUAUCAUUCGAAAUGCACGCAUAAAUGGUCAAUGGGGCGAAGAGGAAGCGGAAGGCAUCUCCAGGUAUUCCCAGCCCAAUCCAAUACCAUCGGGAGACUUUUUUAUGAUCUACAUAUUGGCAUGUGAGGAUAAAUUUCACAUAUCCAUUAACAGUAUACCAUAUUGCACAUUUAAGUAUCGUUUGCCUUUGGAAUCAUUGCGUGCCAUCGAAUUGAAGGAUCAAAUACAGGCGAUAAAGCAAAUCGAUCAUCGAUCGGUAUUUCCAAAUCCGUGGCCGCCUAUACAUGCCAGUGAUUAUUUUAAAGCAUUUAGCAAUGAUGCCCCCAUACUUUUUAGUCCUGGCCAUGUCAUCGUUAUAACGGCAAGAUGUUUUAACAACAAAAAGGGACAAUUUAUAAUCAAAUUUAUGGAUACGGAUACCAAGAGAGAAGAGUUACACUUUAGUGUAAGGUUUGAUGAAAAGGUUGUGGUGCGCAAUAGCCAUAAUUCGAAAUUUGAAUUUGGCCAAGAGGAACGUCAUGGCCACUUUCCUUUUGUUUUCAAUCAACAAUUCAAACUAGCCAUAGCUUUUACGGAAAGCGAAUUUCUUACAGCAGUAGAUGGUUAUAACUUUUGCAGCUACGCCUAUCGCACUCCCAAUAUUCUACAGAAACUGGUGGGCUUUAAAAUUGCCUGCACCAAGGGUUUACAUAUGCAUGUAACUGGUGUGGACCAUGUACAAACGGGUAAUAGCUUGUGUAGAGGCUUUGAAGAGUUGACAAGAUUUGACAAGGAAUGUACCUAAUGUUGAAGGGGCAUUAUUUGUUGGUUUCCUUAUUAUGUUGUUUGUCUCUUUUUGUAUAUUAUUAAGCUUUGAAAAAUAAACUGAAUUAUUAACA